AUGUCAGAUCCUAUCCUCGCCGCGCAACCGCCGGAGCAACUGUCGUCCGAUCUGGAUUUCGAUGAUAUCGCCGGCCAGUUCAACAACAUCCCUAUCCCCUCAUUAGAGGAUUUCUUCAACGGCGCCGCUCUUGAUUCAGAGGCUUUAACUUCCGAUCUGGAAUUUCCGUUUGGAGAUUUCGAGAUUACCUUUGACGAUAUUGAUAACCUCCCUGUUACGGAUGGUUUUCUUCUUCCGGAAGGAUGGAACCCGAAUACUAACGGCAUUCCGAUUUCGCCUAUGAGAGGUGAUUGCAUUAAUGGUGAUGGUAAUUGUUCUCCAGAGAAUUUCAAUUCGCCGGGAUCAGGUGCUUCUGUGGUUUCUGGUGAUCAAAGCCCCGGUGUUUCUAGGUUUCUUAAUUCAGAAUCGAUUUAUGCUGCUGAUAACUCGGUUGAUUCGGUUGAUGUUGAUGUUAAAGUUUCGAGCAUUCCUUUGCCGGAGACUGAAAAUAGCGACCGGGAAGAGUCUACGAAUGGACCGGUUUCUUCUCACGGAUCAGGUAACGGUGGAUCUGGUGUAUAUGAAGCCAUGAACUCGCCCUCGGAUGAUUUUGGAAGUUAUGAGAGGGAUAUUUCAUCUUCUCAUGAACAUGCAGCUGUGGAAGAGGGUGUAAAAGUGGAGGGAGUUGUUAAAGGCUCUGAUCUGAAGAGGAAGAAAGAUAACAGCCAUGAGAGUGCGGAGAAUAGAACCCCAAAAUGCAGUAGAAGGUCCUCCUCAAUGGAAAACAAGAUCCAACCACAGCAGCAGUCUCAAUCUGGUUUUGAUGGAAUUGAAGAUGAUGAUGAGAAGAGGAAGGCUAGGUUGAUAAGGAAUAGAGAAAGUGCACAGCUUUCUAGGCAGAGGAAGAAGCAUUAUGUGGAGGAGCUUGAGGAGAAGGUGAGAUCAAUGCAUUCGACAAUUGCUGAUUUGAGUAGUAAGAUCACUUAUGUCAUGGCGGAGAAUGCUACACUUAGACAACAAUUGAGUGGUGGUGUGAUGUGUCCACCUCCACCACCAGGUUCUGGGAUGUACCCUCAUCCUCCAAUGGCACAUAUGCCUUAUCCUUGGAUGCCUUGUGCACCUUAUGUUGUUAGACCUCAAGGGUCUCAGGUUCCUUUGGUUCCAAUUCCAAGGUUGAAACCUCAGCAACCAGCUGUGUCUUCUAAGAGUAAAAAGAACGAGAGCAAGAAGACUGAGACGAAGAAGACUGAGGUGAAAACUAAGAAGGUUGCUAGUAUUAGUUUGUUGGGUUUGUUUUUCUGCAUCAUGCUUUUUGGCGGACUUGUUCCUUUGGUAGAUUUUAAGUUUGGAGGUUUAGUUGACAAUCUUUCUGGUAGGUCUAGUUAUGUUAGUGAUAGAUGGUUGUAUGGUCAGGGUGGAAGUAGGGUUUGGACUGUAAAUGAUCAUAUGAAAGAAUCUGGAAGGGAUGCGGAUGUGGGGUUAUCCAAUGGAAGGUUCAGUGUUUCUGAUAGGAACAAUUAUGAGAGAGGCCGAAAACUAGGUGAAGAUAUGAAUGAACUCAAAAACUCGAGUUGUUUUGGUCAUCGAGACAACGCCAGCGAGCCACUUCUUGCUUCUUUGUAUGUUCCUAGGAAUGAUAAGUUGGUGAAGAUUGAUGGAAACUUGAUAAUCCAUUCGAUUAUGGCCAGUGAGAAAGCCAUGGCAUCUCAAGAUUCUCAAGGAAAUAAGGAGAAGAGUAAAACUGGUUUGGCCAUUCCUAGGGAUUCUGCAUUGGCUAUUCCUGAAGUUGGAAGAAACAGAGGUCAACAUCCAAAUGUGUAUAGGGUUUCUGCCGAACAGAGAAGGGCUAUUGGCUCUGGUUCAGCCAAAACUUUGAAGGACCAUAUGAAGUCUUCUGCAACUGAUGGUAAAAUGCAGCAGUGGUUCCGUGAAGGAGUUGCAGGUCCAAUGCUAAGUUCUGGCAUGUGUACUGAAGUUUUUCAGUUUGAUGUCUCUCCAGCUCCUGGAGCUAUAGUUCCAGCAACAACAGUGACUAAGAUUUCUACUGAAAGCCGUCACAAUGCUACCACUAUCAACAUGAGCAGAAACAGAAGAAUCCUCCACGGGCUCCCAGAUCCACUCCCUGGAUCCAAACUGAACAUAACUGAAGAACAUGCAAGAAAUUUGCCAAAAGACCAUCUCCCUGGUAAUAAAUCUUCGAUGGUGGUUUCGGUUCUUGUUGAUCCUAAAGAGGUUGGAGAUGGUGAUGUUGAUGGCAUGAUGGCUCCAAAGUCACUCUCUCGGAUUUUUGUUGUUGUGCUACUCGACAGUGUCAAGUAUGUGACUUACUCAUGUGGUCUUCCCCGAGCUUCUUCUUUGGUGGCUGCUUAUGUUUGA